AUGGGAGUUGUGAAAUCUCGGAGCACCCCAUACCAUGCCCAGGGCUUUGGGAUCACAGAGCAAUUUAAUCAGACGUUACUUGGUAUGUUGGGAAUGCUGUCCAACACUGACAAGCAGAACUGGAAACAGCAUGUUAGUACAGUGACUCGUGCGUAUAAUUGCAUAAAGCAUGAUGUGACUGGUUACACCCAGUAUUUCCUCAUGCAUGGGCACCACCCUCGUUUGCCUGUGGACAUAUACUUGGGCUUGGUCACUGAGGAUGAACAGGCAGAGGACAUGGAUGAGUAUGUGAGAAAUUGGCAGCACAGUCUUGAUGAAGCUUAUCAAAUUGUAUCACUUCGUAUGGACAAAAAGUGCCUCAUCAGCAAGUCAUACUAUGAUAGGAAGGCCAGGCAGUCUGAACUCUCGCCUGGAGACCGUGUAUUAGUGCGCAAUGUCAAGGUGCGUGGCAAGCACAAGCUCGCUGAUCAAUGGGAGAGGGAUCCAUUUGUCAUUGUCAGGCAAGAUGAUCGUGGUAUACCUGUUUAUGUAGUUAAGCCUGAGAGGGGUGGCAAGGUACGGAACCUGCAUCGUAACUUGUUACCGUUCCAUGCACUGUCAAGGCCCAAAAAAGCACGUCCAAUGAGAAGGGAACUUGUCGAGCCAGUCAAAAGAGCAAGGAAGCCAAGGACUAGAGCGUUGCACCGGACUACACAGGCAUCAUCUGAAGCUGACUGUGACACUGAAGACACGGAUGCAGACUCUGACCGUGGGUACAUUAUUACUUACCCGCAUGAGCAGUGUGCUUAG